AUGAUGGAAAACAAUCAUACCCCAGUGACCAGUUUCAUCCUCUUGGGGUUCACAGAAGAUCCAUACACACAAACCAUCCUCUUCAUUGUGUUUCUUGUGAUCUACCUGGUAAACGUGGUGGGAAACUUGGGCAUGAUCUUAAUGAUCACAACUGACUCCCAGCUUCAUACCCCCAUGUACAAAUUCCUCAGGCAUCUCUCAUUCUGUGAUCUCUGCUACUCUACCACUACUGUGCCCAAGUUGUUGGCAGGAUUUGUGUCUCAGAGACAAACCAUCCCGUUUUCAGGCUGUGCUGCCCAAUUCUUUUUCUUUGCUGUCUUUGUAACUGCUUCAAUCUACAUCUUGGCUGCCAUGGCUUAUGACCGUUAUGUAGUGAUCUGCAACCCAUUGCUUUACUCCAUGAAGAUGUCCAACAGAGUCUGUGCUCAGCUAAUAGCUGCAUGCUAUUCUGCCAGCUGUGUAAAUGCCAUCAUACACACAGGAGCCACGUUUAGUCUCUCAUUCUGUAGUUCCAAAGUCAAUCAUUUCUUCUGUGAUAUGCCUGCAGUCUUAGCACUCUCCUGCUUUGAUACUCACAUAAAUGAGAUUUUACUAUAUGUAUUUGGCAGCUUUGUGGAGAUUAUUUCUCUUUCCAUUAUCUUCACUUCCUACCUUCUCAUUAUGAUUGCCAUACUGAGGAUCCGCUCUGCUCAAGGCAGACGCAAGGCCUUCCUCACUUGUGCUUCACACUUCACUGGAGUCACUUUGCUUUUUGGAACCAUCAUCUUCAUGUACAUGAGACCAACUUCCACCUACUCCUUUGACCAGGACAAAUGGGCCUCAGUGUUCUACACGAUAGUGAUCCCUAUGCUGAACCCCUUAAUCUACAGCUUGAGGAACAAGAAUGUUAAGGAUGCUUUUAGAAAAAUCUUCAGUGGGAAAUUGUAUUCUGCAUGA